UUAUGUGUAUUAUCUAUGAUCUAUGCUUGAAGCGAAAACUGUGAAAUUGUAAAAUUUUAAACAGUUUUUAGAUUUGAGCAAAAGCAAGUGAAUUUUAUUUUCUAAGUUUAAAGAAGUGACAGAAAAAAAUGGAACGAGAAGAUGGCGAGAUGAGUGAUGAUAAUUCGAUGAUUAUAGAUGACAUGGACGUCGACGACCCAUUUCAAGCAACGCAUGAUGAUUGUACUAUGGUUUUCAAAGCUGAAAAAAAUGGCCUUGUAGUGCAGAAGCUUGAAAAAGUUGAUGCUGCAAAACUAGAUGAAAGAGCUAAAAGAUUUGGCCUCAAUCUAACUGGAACACAUACAAUAACUCAGAAGCAAAUAGAUGAACUUUAUGAAAAUUGUGGUAUACAAAGUGGCAAUGAAAGGCACAUACGUUUUGAUACCAUUCAUUUAAAUGGAGUGGAUGGGCUGACAACAAAGGAAAUAUUUCAAUACUUAGAAGAUUAUAAACCACUUUCAUUGGAAUGGAUUGAUGACACAUCAUGCAAUGUGGUUUGUCAAGACCAUAUUUCAGCAGCAUUAGCAUUACUAGCUCAUUCUCAUGAAAUCAAAGAUGGUAAUUUGUCAGCUGUGGUUUCUGAUAAAAAUCAUCAUUGGAGGCAAGGUGUUCAUCAUCCUAAAAAUGAAAUGAUUUUGAUAAGAUAUGCUACUAAUAGUGAUAAAAAAUUGACAAAUAGGAGACAAGGCAGGCAAGUUAAAAAUAGAAUUGAUUCAGCAUUAAAAAAUCCUUGGGGUGAUUUGUGUAAAUCGUGGGGUGUAUAUGAUCAUCAAGAAGUUUUUCAAUACCAGCAAUCUAGAAAUGAGAAGGCAGAUAAGAGUGAUGAAGAGGAUAAUUAUGUAAAUAGACCAGUUAAAAGUAGUAGAUUAGCAUCCAGACUUGGAAAGAGAGUCUGUGAAACAAAAAGCUCUGUUGAUUCUGAAUAUGACAAUUCAGAUUCAGAAUGGAAAGCUAAAUCAAAGGUACCGAGGAUGAGGAUGCAUGCUGAUGAUGAAGAAAAAAAACAAGAAAAGAGUCGUCGUCUAAUCAAAUGUAGAUUAGAAAGCAUAAAUGAAUUUUCUCCAUUAUCUAUACAAGUAGCAAAUUCUAAGGGUAAUUAUAUAAAAAGGGAAGCAUCAAAACUAUCAGAUAAAUUUAAGUAUCAUACAUCAGAACCCAAAUCAAGUGUUCAGUUACGGUUAGGUGAGAGGCUAGAGUACUCUAAUGAUAGUAAUUCAAGUGAUGAAGUUUCUGGAAAUUUUGGAUAUAAUUUUAGGAGUCAAGUGCAGAAAAUUAACGAUCAAACAAAAAGUGCAAGUAGCGUUUGGUCAAGAUUAGACACAAAUAACAGUCCUCAGAAGCACAAUGACUUGCGCAAGUUUAUAACUUCAAAGAAGAAAAAUGAUGACCUCAGAGAUAGGAUAGGAAAAUUAAAAAAGGAAAAUUUACGUAUUGAAAUAGACAACUCUUCCUAACACACAAUAAAUUUAGUAUGCAAUAAUUGCUAUCUUCAUAUUAGAUUGGUAAGAAGUACUGCUCUGCUCAUACUCUAUGAGUGGCCAACAAGUAAACACUAAAAUAGAAUGGAAUUACCACCUGUGUCUAUUAAUAAAAAUGUGAUCUUAUCAAUACAUGAACCCCUUUUCUGUUCUAAAAUAUAAUUGUAAACAAUAGGCCAAGGUACUGGUGUCCAUUUGUUGGUUAACUGGAAGAGGCUGUGGAAGCUGCUGUCUUAAUUUGCCACAGUUGCUUCAUACUGGUUUAGAUUGCGUCAUGCAAGUCUUAUGUGACUUGCAUGACGCAUGAACCUAAUCCACUGCAUCGGUGUAACAAUUUAUGUUUGCUGUGGUCACGAAGACCCAUUCAAUCUCCCUGUUCGGCGACAGCUCUGUUCACUCGUGUCUUGACAGUGCAUCUAUAAGGCGACUAUUUAGUUUGGUUCAACAGUCCCAGCAAAUUUACACCAAGAACCAAAAAAUGGUAUGAUGUGUAAUUCGAUCUCCAUGUGCCUGCAUAUUGUUAACAUUGGAAGGAGAGACUGCAAAAAAAAUAAAAUAAAUGAUUCAUUUAAAUUU